AUGGAUCCGUACUCGCACGAAGGAGAACUCUUGAACAUCCACACAGCCUUCCACGCCGGAGCCCACCAACAGGUCCUCGACUUCGACACGUCUGGCUUCUCCUCCGAAAACGCGCUUCCCGUCCGUGUUCUCCAGCUUCGCUCACAGAUCGCCCUUGGCCAAGCUAAAGAGGUCGCUUCUUCCCUGGCCAAGGAAAGCACACCCGACCUCGUAGCUGUACGGUUACUCGCUGAAUACAGUACCGGCAAGGAUGUGUUGGUAGACGUGAAGAAGCUGGCUGAAAAGGAGGGUCAAGAGAACCUGACCGUGCAAUUGGUGGCAGGAAUCAUAUUAGAACGGUCUGGGGAGACGGAAGAGGCAUUGGAUGUGUUGAGCAAGCACCAGGGAAGCUUAGACGCUGUUGCGUUGAUCGUUCAGAUACACCUCCAGCAGAACCGAAUGGACCUCGCCUUGAAGGAAGCCCAGCGCGCACGGAAGUGGGCACAAGACAGCCUCUUGGUCAACCUUGCUGAAUCAUGGGUGGGGUUGCGUGAGGGCGGUGAGAAGUAUCAGUCGGCGUUCUACGUCUUCGAAGAGCUCGCACAGACAUCGCAAUCGCAAUCGCCACACUCCCUCGUCGCACAAGCAGUCUCGGAACUACAUCUCGGCCGUCUACCCGAAGCUGAAGCCGCGCUGCAACAGGCAGUGCAACUCGACCCCAAAAAUGCGGACACGCUUGCGAACCUCAUCGUGCUGAAUACGCUGUUGGGCAAGAAGGAGGAGGUUGCACAACUGAAGGGGCAACUUGCGGGUAUUGACAGCGAGCACAAAGUCUUGACAGAAUGGGCGGAGAAGAAGCAGGCGUUUGAUCAAGCGAGAACGAAAUAUACCCCAAAAUUUGAGGCCACAGCUUAG